GUUGUAGGGGCGGAGCUGAGGAGCCAUUUGAGGGGUCCUACCUUCAGAGUCUGCAAGUAAGCAUUCUGAAAUGGGGCUCUUAAACUGAGAGAAGCGACAAUCAGAUUAUUCUCUGCCACUCUCCAAUCAAUCCAGAAGAGGCAGUACACAACACACCACAGCCGUUUGGAGCUUGGGACUCUAAAAUGGCAGAGCAACUUUCUCCAGGAAAGACAACAGACCAGGUGUGUACCUUCCUCUUCAAAAAGGCUGGUAGAUGGAAAGGAGCUGCAGGCCACAGAAGGCACCCUGCCUGCAACCAAGAGUCCGGAGACAGCAGUAGCAGUGAUGAAGGCGGUACAGUGGUUCGCCCAGAAAAGAAGCGGGUGAUCCACAACCCGAUGAUACAGAAGACCCGUGGCAGUGGUAAACAGAGGACAGCUUACGGCCACUUGAGCAGCGAGGAGGAGGAGACCAAGCCCAAGAGCCUGGGCGUGGUGUACAAGUCCACUCGCUCGGCAAAGCCCGCGGGACCAGAGGAUAUGGGGGCGACUGCUGUCAACGAGCUAGACACGGAGAAGGAGCGUGACGCACAGGCCAUCUUUGAGCGCAGUCAGAAGAUACAGGAGGAGCUGAGGGGCAAGGAAGAUGACAAGAUCUAUCGGGGGAUUAAUAAUUACAAGAAAUACAUGAAGCCCAAGGAUACGUCUCUGGGCAAUGCUUCCUCUGGGGUGGUGAGGAAGGGCCCCAUCCGAGCUCCCAAGCAUUUACGUGCCACCGUGCGCUGGGAUUACCAGCCUGACAUUUGUAAGGACUACAAGGAGACUGGCUUUUGUGGCUUCGGAGACAGCUGCAAGUUCCUCCAUGACCGUUCAGAUCACAAGCAUGGGUGGCAGAUAGAACGUGAGCUUCAUGAGGGUCGCUAUGGUAUCUAUGAGGAUGAAAACUAUGAAGUGGGAAGCGAUGAGGAGGAGAUGCCAUUCAAGUGUUUCAUUUGUCGCCAGACCUUCCAGAAUCCAGUUGUCACCAAGUGCAGGCAUUAUUUCUGCGAGGGCUGUGCACUGCAGCGUUUCCACACUACCCCUCGCUGCUAUGUCUGUGACCAGCAGACCAAUGGCAUCUUCAAUCCAGCGAAAGAAUUGAUUGCUAAAUUGGAGAAGCAUCGACCUGCAGAAGAGGGUGGUGCUUCCAACUUCCCAGAAGACUUGGAUGAGAGUCCAAUCCCCAUUACUUAGUUUUCCUUUUAUUCUCAUUCCUCAAAAUAAAUAUUUUGUUGUUUUGGGGGGAAAAAACCCUCCAAUAUAAAAACCUAAGCAACUGAUUUGAAAAUGAGUACAGUAAAAGUGUAGAAAAUAAAAGAGGCUGAGAGACAUGCUAACCAUACUCCUGAA